AUGGGUAACCAGCUCGUCCUGGAAGAUGAUCCCAGUGAUCCCUACAUUCCCAGCGAUCAAGAAGUCCAUGCUUUUGCACAGGAGAUUGGGAUUGACCCUGAGGUGGAGCCAGAGCUGCUGUGGCUGGCCAGGGAAGCCCUCAUGGCCCCGUUACCACCUGAGUGGAAGACCUGCCAGGACGUAGCCAAUGAUGCCAUCUACUACUUCAACUUUGGUAACGGUGAGUCCACGUGGGAUCACCCCUGUGAUAACCACUACAGGGAGCUUGUCAUUCGGGAGCGAGAGAAGUUGCUGGCACGUGGCAGCUUGAAAAAGAAAGAGAAGAAGAAAGAUAAAGAGAAGAAGAAGAAAGAGAAGAAAGAUCAGAAGGAGAAGCAGUCACUCAAGCGACCCCCUCCUGCAGGCGCCGUGCUAGCACCCAUCCAGGCACCCCUGAGGAACCUCGCUCCGCUGCGUGGCCGGGCGCCGGCUCCUGCCGGCAUCCUCCAUGGGCUGCUGCACUCGGACCUGGGGAGCUCGGUGGAGUCCAGCCUUGUGUCCAAGGGAGGAAUGCAGAGUCUCCGUGGGACAGGAAGACUGUUCAAAAACUUGCACUUGGAUGUCAGCGCCCUGGGAGGCAGCUGUGACUCUGAGCAGAACAGCGGAGCAGAGGAGGAGGACUCUGCCAGCCGGGUGGCUGAUGUUGCUGACGCUGAUCUCCAGCACCGAAGGAGUCCUGCAGAGGAAGCGGGUGGCCUGAGCGAGAAGGAGUCUUUAAAAUCAAGACAUGCAGAAGAAGGGCAAGAGUCUUCCUUGGAUUCUGACGCUGCCUGCCCUCCGACUCCAGUUGAAGUCCUUCCCGGAGAUGCUGACAGUAGCCUGUCUGGCCAGAGCAAGGAGGAGUCUGACGGGAGACUCGCUGGGAGUGAACUACUGGGCAGGAAAGAUGCUGAGGUGGAAGGUGACAUCUCUGCAGCUGAUGAGCUGCCCCAGUCUCUGGAGGAAAGGAGCGCAGCAGGGACGGAUGUGCCCAGCGGUCCUGGCCAGCCUGGAGCUGCAUCUCCAGCUGCUGAAGCCGCUGAGGCAGAUCGGCCGGCAAGCCUGGCUGCCACCGUCGACACCGUGUCUGUUGGUGCAAAGCUAGUGAACGAAGUGGGGGAAGAAGCAGCAGCUGAUCUGCAAACAGACAGCAAGCUGGAUGCUGGCAAACUUUCAAAGGCAUCCAAGACCAGUGACUGUGGGGAGGACCUGCAAGUCUCUAACAGCUCAGACUGCGAGCUGAUUCAGCCUACGGACUUGUGUUUCAAGAAUUGGCUUUCUGGGCAGGUUCUGGACCUGGGGGUCCUGUCCCCUGUUUUGGACAGUCCCCCGUGCGAGGCCCAGGAGCUGGGAGAAGAGGGAAAAGACCAAAGCAAAGCCAGUAUAGAGGAGGAGCAAAGCAAGAGAACAAAAGCUGCUGAGAGUGAGAGGGAUCAAAGCGCUUGUGCAACACCAGAGGAGAAGUGUUUUGCUGUAGAAAAGCCGGGUCAGGAGGAGGGACUGGAGGAGGCCGUGGCCCAGGAGCUGAAGGAGGGAUCUCUGGAUAGCCUGAUCGAUCUGGAGGAGCCUGCUGCCCCACAGAAAGCGCAACCAGAGAAGGAAAUCAAACACGAGCAGUCCUUGAACCAGCCUAGGGCAGAAUCCCUGGAGAGAAUAGCCAAGGAGCUGGAGGCAGAGCUCGAGCAGGAGAAAAUGCAUUUAUUGCAAGCAAAGAAGGAGAAAAUUCAGCAGUUCCGGGAGGAGAUGAGGCAGCAGGAGGAUGAGGAAGCUGAGAAGCUUCAUCAGCAAAAAGAAGAAUCCCUCAGGACUCUAAAAGAAGAUUUGGCAAAGGUUUCUGAGGAGGAAGAGUUGCGUGUCAGAAAGGAAGAAACUGAGAGACUCUCAAAGCUGCGAGCCCAAAUCGCCUCAGAGACUGAGGCAGAGGAGGAGAAGAUAAGGGCAGAGCAAGAGGUCACACUGCAGAAACUAAGAGAAGAGUGGGAAUCCCGGCAGGUGAUGGAGAAGGAGAGCCUGGAGAGGAGGCAGCAGCUUGUUUUGGAGCAAAUGAAGCUGGAAAUGGAAGAGGCUCAGCAGAAAGAGAUGACUGAGCUGGAGCAAGAAAAGGAACAAUUCCUGAGUGAGCUCAAGGAGAGACUGGAGAGGGAAAAGAAGCAGGCAGCAGAAGAACUAGAGAAACAGUUUGCAACUGAACUCCAGCAGCUGAAAUCUGCAGCAGAAGAGAAGCAUCGUAAGGUCAUUUCCAGCCUGCAAACCCAGAUAGCAGAGGCACAGAGGAGUGAGGAGGCUCGGCUGCGUGACGACUUGCAGAAAGCAGAGCACAAAGUACAGCAAAAAGCGUUUCAAGUAACAGAAUACGAGCGUGAGCUCAGCGAGCUUAUGAGAGAGAAACGCCAGGAAGUGGAAAGAGACCACGAGAGGAAAAUGGAGAGGAUGAGAGAGGAGCACCGGGAGGUCCUGGCACGGAUUCGGGAUCAGUACGUGGAGGAGGAGCGAAAGCAAAGAGCAGAGCUGCUUGAAGGCCUGCAGAGUGAGAUGGCACACCUCCGAAAGCGUCACGAAGCGGAGCUGAAAGCUCUGCAGGCUGAGCUGGACGAGCGGCUCGCUGCGCUGCAGCAGAGGCACAGGGAGAAGGAAAGAAAACUCCAGGAUUCGGAAAAUGAGCUUGAAACGCGCACGAGGAACAUCAAAGCCAGAUCAGCACAGCUCCUUAGCCAGGAGGAGUCUCUGCGAAAGAAGAGACAACAGCUGCUGGAUGAAGACAGGCAGGCUGAGCUAGAGAGAGAGGAAGCUGCUUUAGCUUCUCAGCUGCGCCUAGAGGAGAACAGGAAGGAGCAUGCUAGCCUCCUCGAGUCCAUCCACCAACUGCGCAGGUCUCUUGAAGAGCUCCAGGACCAGAAAGCCCAACUCGAGGCCCAAGUGGACUUGUUACAGACCCGAAGCCAGAGGCUGCAGAAAUACAUCAGUGAGCUGGAGACGGCUGUCAGGAGAAAACAGGAGACUUUGAAAGAACUGGAGGCAGAAGAAAGUGUGGAAUCUCCAAGAGAGAAAGCUGAGCUCCAUGUUGAAGACCUGAGAGAAACUAUUCAAGCUCACUCGUCCAGAGAGCCUACUUCCCCACCCUUGCAAAGCCAAGAGGACAGCAACUACCAGUUUGAUCAUGUCCGGAGCUACAUCUCUGCAGAAGGGAUCUCCAUCAAGAAUGCCAAGGAGUUCCUGGUGCGCCAGACCCUCUCCAUGAGGAAGAGGCACAUGGCUCUGAAAGCUGCAAAGCAGCAGUGGCGUCAAGACAUGCAGGAUGCACAGGAGAAGGUGCAGGAUCCUGAGAGCUCCCAGCUCCUGGAGGGCAUGCGCAAGAACCUGGAGGAGGAAGCAAAGCAGUUGGACAAGAUUAAGUCGGCUAUGCGGAAAGGGCAGGUGCUGCUGAAGAAGAAAGAAGAGAAACUAAGCCAGCUGGAGUCCUCGCUGAUGGAGGAGCUUUCAGAUGAAGAUACGCUGAGGAGCGCUGCGUGCAAGAAGAUGGUGACUUUUGAUCUCAGCAGCUCUGAGGACACAAACAGCACUUCCAGUGUAAAUCUAAAUCUGCCUAAAUUUGAUUUGGGGACCGAUUUACAGCCUGCCCCACAACAGGACAAGAUCCAGUACUUGACAGUCUCUCUGCAGCGGAUCACUAAUGAAAUGAACGGGGUCCUCAACGUCUUGAGCUCUCUAAACAGUCACCAGUCUCCACUCUUUGCCCUGACGCCCUGCAGCGGUGUCCCGGUCUCUACGUAUGCCUCCUUGGCAGGACAUCAGGCAGGUGCCUCCUUGGUGCCCCCCGCCGGGGUGGACUCAUGGGCCUGGAACACUGGGCUGAGCUCUAGCAGCUCUUUCACAGCUGGACAGUCAGUGGACAACAUCCUGGCAGAGAAAUGGCACAAGUAUUUCCCAGGUGGAUUCCCAUCGCUCAGUGGCAAUUCCAGGCCUCUGGACAACAAGCUGGGCUACGUACCUGCAGAAGAGCAGAUACGGCUGUUCCAGCACUCCCAGUUCCAGAGCCGUGAGUCAGACAAGAUGAGUAUUCAAGCAAUGAUUGAGAGCAACAAGAAAUGGCUAGAAGAGUUCAAGAGGGAUUCACAAGUACCUCUCUUCCCAGGUGCACAGAAGCCCCCUGCCAGCAGCCCCAGCCUACUUCAGCUAGGACUGGAUGAGAACAGACAAAUCAAAGUGUACCGUUACUGA